CCACUGGGUUAGUCUACAUUAGCUAAGUAAUCAUCAUGUCGCGCACAUUAGUAGUUCUGCUACUGCUGUCGAGUCUACUGGCUUUGGCCAGUGCCAGUCGAAAUGGCUCUGGUGCUCGAAUUCGUUAUGAUAAUCAUCGUGUCUAUCAAGUUACUGCCAAGAGUUUACAACAAUUGGACGUGCUCAAGAAUUUGGAUGGAACUAAUGAUAAGUUAGUUUUUCUCGAUGACGUUCAUGCCAUUGGAAGUCCAUUGAGUGUUAUUGUUGCUCCAGAAAUGAUGUACGAAUUUCUGCAGAUGUUGGAGGAAAGUGAAAUAGAUUACAAAUUGAUUGAGGAGAAUGCACAAAGCAAGUUGGAAUCUGAAGAAGAGACAAGCCCUUCCAGUCGUAUUUCGGAAUACAAUUGGGAGAGAUAUCAUGAAUUGGACGAAACCUACAGCUGGUUGGAGAGUUUGGUAACAAAGUUCCCAAAACAGGUGCAACUUGUCGAAGCUGGUGAGAGUUAUGAGGGACGCAAGAUUAUGGGAAUCAAGAUCUCCUACAAGGAAGGUAAUAAAGCCGUCUUCCUCGAGGGUGGUAUGCAUGCUCGUGAAUGGAUUGGCCCGGCUACUGUCACAUACAUGACUAACCAAUUACUGACCAGCACUGACCCCGAUGUAAGAUCUAUCGCAGAGAAUUUUGACUGGUUUGUUAUUCCCCAUGCAAACCCCGAUGGAUAUGUCUACACUCACACAACAGAUCGUGUGUGGCGAAAAACCCGCAAACCCUAUGGCAAGUGCUACGGAGCUGAUCCCAACAGGAACUGGGACUUCCACUGGAAUGAAGUCGGCUCAAGCAACAAUCCCUGCUCUGACACCUAUGCCGGACCUGAGGCCUUCUCCGAAAUUGAGACCAAAUCUCUGUCAGAGUACAUCACUUCGGUGAAAGAUAAUCUUAUGUUGUACAUUUCAUAUCAUUCCUACUCCCAGUUGUUGCUCUUCCCCUAUGGACAUACAAGUGAACAUCCUAGCAACUAUGACGAUCUUAAGAGGAUCUACGAUGUUGCAGUGGAUGCCAUUUCCAGACGUUAUGGAACCAAGUACACUGGCGGUAAUAUCUACGAUGCCAUUUAUCCAGCAGCAGGUGCUAGUUUGGAUUGGGCUUAUGGCAGUUUGGGUGUCAAUUUGACAUAUUGUUAUGAACUGCGACCAUCCAGCACAAAUCUUUGGUAUGGUUUCCGAUUGCCAGCUAAUCAGAUCAUUCCUACAGCCGAAGAGACUUUGGAUUCCUUAGUGGCGAUGGUCAAGGAAGCAUCUAUUAGUGGAUUAACCGUCAUGUCGCGCACAUUAGUAGUUCUGCUACUCCUUUGGAGUAUUUUGGCCUUGGCCAGUUCCAGUGACGAUGGCUCUGGUCUUCAAAUUCGUUAUGACAAUCAUCGUGUCUAUCAAGUUACUGCCAAGAGCUUAAAACAAUUGAACGUGCUCAAGAAUUUGGACGGUGCCAGUGAUAAAUUAGUGUUUCUUGAUGAAGUUCAUGCCAUUGGACGUCCAUUGAGUGUUAUUGUUGCUCCAGAAAUGAUGUACGAAUUUCUGCAGAUGUUGGAUGAAAGUGAAAUAGAUUACAAAUUGAUUGAGGAAAAUGCACAAAGCAAGUUGGAAUCUGAAGAAGAGACAAGCCCUUCCAGUCGUAUUACGGAAUACAAUUGGGAGAGAUAUCAUGAAUUGGACGAAACCUACAGCUGGUUGGAGAGUUUGGUAACAAAGUUCCCAAAACAGGUGAAGCUCGUCGAAGCUGGUGACAGUUAUGAGGGACGGAAGAUUAUGGGAGUCAAGAUAUCCUACAAGGAAGGUAACAAGGCCGUCUUUCUAGAGGCUGGUAUGCAUGCUCGUGAAUGGAUCGGACCAGCUACAGUCACACAUAUGACCAACCAAUUACUGACCAGCACUGACCCCGAUGUAAGAUUUAUCGCAGAGAAUUUUGACUGGUUUGUAAUUCCCCAUGCGAAUCCCGAUGGAUAUGUCUAUUCUCACACCAGAAACCGUUUGUGGAGAAAAACUCGCACCCCAUAUGGCAAUUGCUACGGAGCUGAUCCCAACAGGAACUGGGACUUCCACUGGAAUGAGGUCGGCACAAGUAGCAAUCCCUGCUCGGGAACUUAUGCCGGACCUGAGCCCUUCUCCGAAAUUGAGACCAGAUCCCUGUCAGAGUACAUCACUUCCGUGAAAGAUAAUCUUAUGUUGUACAUUUCAUACCAUUCCUACUCCCAGUUGUUGCUCUUCCCUUAUGGGCACACAAGUGAACAUCCUAGCAACUAUGACGAUCUCAAGAGGAUCUACGAUGUUGCAGUGGAUGCCAUUUCCAGACGUUAUGGAACCAAGUACACUGGCGGUAAUAUCUACGAUGCCAUUUAUCCAGCAGCAGGUGCUAGUUUGGAUUGGGCUUAUGGCAGUUUGGGUGUCAAUUUGACAUAUUGUUAUGAACUCCGACCAUCCAGCAACAAUGCUUGGUAUGGUUUUAGAUUGCCAGCUAAACAGAUCAUUCCUACGGCCGAAGAGACUUUGGAUUCUUUAGUGGCGAUGGUCAAGGAAGCAGCUUCUAGUGGAUAAAUUAUUUUGUGAUAAUAUUAUGCAUAUCGAAUAUCUUUUUUAUAAAUUAAAUAAAAUUGUUUUAAAUUUUGAAGGAAUAAAAUUUAUGUUGACACCUGUCAAACUUGAAUGU